GCUGUCGGAGCAAAUUGGCGCCAUUUUGAAGAUAGGAGGGGGAAGAGAGCUGCAAGAGAGAGGAUACAAUUCAUUGCAAUUCAUAAAAACAAGGAGUACUGAGCUGGGAGUAUGGCUCUCUCUAAGUCUCGAGCGGCCGAUGGGAAGAUCACCUACCCUCCGGGGGUCAAGGAGAUCUCCAGCAACAUCUCCAAGGAGGAGAUGGUCCGCCGACUCAAGAUGGUGGUGAAAACGUUCAUGGACAUGGAUCAGGACAGUGAGGAAGAGAAGGAGUUGUACCUGAACCUGGCUCUCCAUCUGGCGUCUGACUUUUUCCUGAAGCACCCUGACAAGGACGUUCGCCUCCUAGUGGCCUGCUGCUUGGCCGACAUUUUCAGGAUCUACGCCCCAGAGGCCCCCUACACAUCACCUGAUAAACUGAAGGAUAUCUUCAUGUUCAUCACUCGCCAGCUGAAAGGACUGGAGGACACCAACAACGGGCACAACCAGAAGGUGCACAUGCACAUGGUGGAUCUGAUGAGUUCCAUCGUCUGUGAGGGAGACAGCGUGUCACAGGAACUACUGGACACAGUGCUGGUCAAUCUGGUGCCUGCACACAAGUCUGUCUCCCCCAGGGCUCUGAAUGAGAUGUGGAAGUGUCAGAACAUGUUGAGACACCAUGUCAAAGAUCUCCUGGACCUGGUCAAACAGCCCAAGUCUGAUGCGGGUAGCAAGGCGGUGUUUGCCAAGGUUAUGGUGAUUACGAGGAACCUUCCCGACCCAGGCAAGGCCAGACUUGUGAAGAAGCUAGCCCAGGUCUUGGAUGAUGAUGAGCGGAUCAGAAAACAACUAGAGACCCUGGUCUCACCGGCCUGCUCCUGCAAACAGCCCAAGUCUUGUGUGGAUGAGAAUCGAACCCAGGCUGUUAGCUGUGGCCUCGACUGCUGCUCCCACCAGGGCCCCCGUUACUUAUCCUUCUACAGAGAGACCUUCACUAGGAAGCCAGGCAGUCCUGAAACAGCCCAGUUAAAAAACUGUUAUACUGGGAACCUUCCAGACCCAGGCAAGGCCCAGGACUUUGUGAAGAAGCUAGCCCAGGUCUUGGAUGAUGAUGAGCGGAUCAUAGGAGAGAUCAAGAGGAAGACAGGCGGGUCACGUUUCAGAGGAAGGCCAGGCGGGUCACGUGAAGCAGGGUCACGUUUCAGAGGAAGGACAGGCGGGUCACGUUUCAGAGGAGGGACAGGCGGGUCACGUUUCAGAAGGAGGACGAGGCGGGUCACGUUUCAGAGGAGGACAGGCGGGGUCAGCGUUUCAGAGGAGCGCAGGGCGGGUCACGUUUCAGAGGACGGCCAGGCGGCUUCCCUCCCUCUCAGUGCUCUGGUAAAGCAGGUGAACAAGUCGAUAGAUGGAACAGCUGAGGAUGAUGAAGAGGGAGUUCCUACUGAACAGGCCAUCAGGGCAGGACUGGAACUACUCAAGGUCCUGUCGUUUACCCACCCGGUGUCGUUCCACUCUGCGGAGACGUUUGAAUCCCUGCUGGGCUGUCUGAAGAUGGAUGAUGAGAAGGUGGCCGAGGCGGCGCUGCAGAUAUUUAAAAACACAGGCAGCAAGAUGGAGGAGAGCUUCCCUCACAUCAAGUCUGUUCUGCUGCCAGUACUGCAGACCAAAGCUGAAGAGAGGACCCCUCGCCAGGCCAAGAUGGCCAUCCACUGUAUCCAUGCCAUGUUCACACACAGAAGACACACACUUCGCUCAGAUUUUGAGGUGAGUACCACCGCUGCAAAAAGGCCUGACGUUGAGGACCUGGAUCAGCUGAUAACUCCUCUCACCACUCUGGGUCACCUGGCUUGCUGGCCCAGAAACAGUUUGCCGCUUCCACUCAAAUCACUGGUGGCCAACUUCAUAGUCAAGGACCUGCUCAUGAGCGACAUGAUCCCAGGUAAGAAGACUACCAAGCUGUGGGUUCCUGAUGAUGAGGUGUCGUCUGAAACCCUGGCCAAGAUCCAGGGUAUCAAGUUGAUGGUGAGGUGGUUGGUGGGUGUAAAGAACACCCUGUCUAAGUCUGGUAACUCCACUCUGAGAUUGCUGACUGCUAUACUACACAGUGAUGGAGACCUGACAGAGCAGGGCAAGAUGAGGGCAGAGUGUUACCAGGUGGUCAGGUUUGUUGCCCAGAAGCUCCAUAAGGGUCUGUGCCGCCUGCGUCUGCCCCUGGAGUCCUUGGCGGUCGUUGCCCUGUGUGCCAAGGACCCUGUGAAGGAGAGACGGGCCCACCCAGGCCAGUGUCUGGUGAAGACAUUUACAAUCAGGAGAGAGUAUCUUAAACAACAGCUGCUGUCAGCGGUGGAGGCGGCGAUUGAGAGACGCGGGGCCGUGCCAGUUAUCUUAACCUCCCACGCUUCAAAGACCCAGAGGCUGGGCCCCGUUGGUCUCAAUCGCUCCCCCCACCUCCCAUCCCCUCCCUGGGCCAAGGAGAGAGAGAGCCAGAGCCAGYACCCGGCCUCCACUGGAACAGAGGAGCGUUUCAUUUCCUGCAAAGAAGUCCAGCCGGCAUUCCUGAGUGCUAACUGA